CUGCCCGUGAAUGAAUAAAAUGAUGCGGCCACGUGUAUGAUACUUGCGUCUCAAUCCAGCUUUUGGAUUUAUGGAUCCCACUAUUUUGUAGGAUUUCGCGUUGAAUUUGGAACCCUUCCAUCAAAAAUGGUAGUUGAAUGAACUUUUAUGAGGGUAUUCAUUGGGAUUUGAAUUCCCUGAUGGUUUUCGUGGGUUAUGUAUUUCUUGCUUUUGUGUCGCGUGAACUUCCAGAUUCUCUGGUGAAAUUCCGACAGACGUUGCAAAUUGUAAAAUUCUCAAUUUCCUGAAUCUCCGGCACAAAGAGUUGAAGGUUCAGAUUCCUCAGAAACUCCAACAUCUUAAUAGGGUAAAAUCGUUUAACAUUCCCAAUAAUUCGGGACUAUGUAGAGUGUCUCUGAAGCCUGUGAAGGACCCCCCAGAAUUCGAUGAUCGACGUUCAGUUAGCGGUUGGUGUGGGAGUGUCGGUGAUUUUAGCCUUUCUAGUUGUUUGGUUCCUCUUCUUCCUCUUCCGUAGAGUGUCAGCAAAGAAGGACGAUGAAAUCGAAGCGAAUAAUACAAACGAAAUCAAGUUGGAACAUACCGCUCGAAAGUAUUGCAAUGUUCACAUCUCCACAUUCGAGAAGACUGUUCCAAAAAUGAGGUUGCACAAUCUACGGAAAGCCACUAACUAUUUCAGCAAAAACACCAUUAUCAGAUCAGGGAGAGCAGGCAUCCUGUACAAGGCAAUGCUCCUUGAUGGUUCUUCCCUUGCAAUUAUGAGGCUUCGUGAUUCUCAAUAUUCUGAUAAAGAAUUCAUUUCUGAGAUGACAAUGCUAGGACGCCUAAAACACCGUAACGUGGUUCCUCUUCUGGGUUUUUGCAUUGCCAGAAAAGAGAGGCUUUUAAUAUACAAGUACAUGCCCAAAGGAACUUUGUAUCAGCAGUUACAUGAGGGAUACAUGGAAUGGCCUCUGCGUCUGAGAAUUGCAAUUGGGGUUGCGAGAGGCCUAGCAUGGCUUCACCACAGCUGCGAUUCUUGCAUAGUUCACUGCAAUAUAAGCUCCAAACGCAUCCUCUUGGAUGAAGAUUACGAACCGAAAAUAUCCAAAUUCAGAUCUGCCGCGCUUUUGGAUCCUCUCAACACCCAUCUGAGUGUCCAUGCAAACAUCAAAUCUGAUGAUAUGGGUUUGGUUGCUCCUGAAUUCACAAGCAAGGUUGUGGCCAGUCAAGCUGGGGAUGUAUACAGCUUCGGUGUAGUGCUGCUGGAGCUGAUUACAGGCGAAAAGGCUACUAAAGUGGCGAAUGCCCCAAAAGGCGUCAAGGGGUUUCUGGUGGAAUGGAUUGCUUAUCUUGAGAAAAAUUCUCGUCUUAGGCACGCCAUCGACAGGUCUUUGAUAGGAAAGGGCUAUGAUGAUGAGCUCCUCCGGUUUCUGAGAGUUGCGCUUGCUUGUGUUGUGUUUGAUCCAGAGGAAAGGCUUACAAUGCUUGUAGUAUACCGACUUCUACGAUCUAUUGGUCCUCAGGUGUGUAUCGACAUGGAUGGCCCAGAUGAACUUAAUGUGAGGCGACAAAUACAGGAAAUUCAGCAGAACGGUUUGAACAUGCAAAGAAUUGUAGUUGACACCAAAAUGAGAAAAGCUGCAUCGUUUUAGUCCUUGAAUUCUGUAGAUCAGAGAAAUCUUCUUCUGUAUAUUGAAAAUGCUCGUUUGAUUGAUGAAUGCAUUUCUUUUCUUUUUUCUUUUUUA